UUUUAUCACAUGAAGUCCUGUUCUUGUGAAUGAGGAGUUUGUGUUGUGAUUUUGAUGGUGUCAGUCUGCGGAGCAAGUGAUGUGCGUUUAUAUGUGCUUUGGGCACAGAGUUCAGACAAUAAUCCUAAGUCAGCAGCUUGGUAAUCAUGUGCAUCCACACUACAAGGCCAAUGAAGGAUGUUGCCGAGCAUUCAGUCGGUAGCUAGCAGGCAUGGUAGUCCUAAUCGCCAACACAAGAGGUCGUCAUCCAGUGGCGGCUUCUUUGAAGAACCAGUAGUGCCAAUUCCCAUGGCCAAGGAAUGUACAGAAAGUACCGAAUCUAGUCAAACACGCAAUCAUCUCAGUGGACAAAAGUCAAGAUAUGUUGCUGAGGGUAUGAAUGGAUCUGCAACAAAUGAUGGAAGAAAGCCAACAAGAGUCAAACUAAAGAAGGCUCUGAGUCCCAACCACAAGCCGAGUCACUUCUUUGUGCGGACAGCUGGAGGCAUGAGCGUGUCUGUUCCAGAGUUGUCACCUGAAGUCAACAUGUCGGUCAAAGAUCAAAUUGAUUUCAUCCCAGUAGACCCAGUGCCGCAGCUUGAUGGCAGUUCCUUAAGCCAAAAUGAGAGUCCAUUGGUGGAAGCAGCUUCAAGGAAUCAGACUAAUAGAUCGCAGACUUACCUACCGCUCAGUGUUGAACUUGUGGCAGGCCGAGGGCAGACCAGUAUGCCCAGUGAUGGCAACAAGAACAGUGGAAGUGGUGCAAAGGUAAGGAGUCUGCCUCCAUCCCAUACCCUGGCCAUGUCUGCCUCAUUGAUCAAGUCCUACUUCAGCUCAGGGCCAGAGAAGCAGCAGUCUAAGAGUGCAGGAUCUACUCCUGAUACUGAGACAUCAGUCAAGACAAAGAUGAUUGGACUCUGGAAUAAUGUAAAAUAUGGAUGGACAGUCAACCUCAAAACAAACUUUUCUCGAGAUGCUCCAGUCUAUCUCCUCGGACGUGUGUAUCAUAAAAGCUUUGGAGAUAUGGAGAGUUCUGAAGAAGAGGUGGAACAGCAUGGGAUAGAGGCUUUCAAGAAGCACUUCCAAAGCCUCAUCUGGUGUACAUACAGACGACAGUUCCCAACCCUUCAGAACUCCACCUUGACCACGGACUGUGGCUGGGGCUGUAUGCUGCGCUCUGGACAGAUGAUGCUUGCCCAUGCCCUUAUCCGACACUUCCUAACUCGAGAGUGGAGAUACGAUAAACAUGUGAUAGAUGGGCCAGAGGAGGAAAUUCACCGCAGCAUAGUGAGGUGGCUGGGUGACUCCCCUUCUCCCGACUGCCCUCUGUCACUGCAUAACUUAGUUCAUUUUGGCCAUAAAUUAGGGAAGAAAGCAGGUGACUGGUAUGGGCCAGCAUCUGUUGCAUAUAUAUUUAAAGAAGCUGUAGAAAUGGGCUCUAAGUAUAUCACAGAUCUACAAAGGAUUUGCAUCUAUGUUGCUCAGGAUUGUGCAGUUUACAUACAAGAUGUGUUGGAUAUGUGCUCAACUUCAUGUCUGUGCAACAAGGGUAAACUCACAAAGACUGCCAAGGAAGCUGAAGUGUGGAGACAGAUGGGGAAACCAGACAAAAACUACCAGGACCCUUCCUCUCAGACUUUCAAGAGAGGGCACAUGGAUUCCUCUGGAAGAGAUGGCAAUAGAAUGAAUGGCCAGGAAAAUCACAUGAAUGGUACAAAGAGAGAGGGCCAGGAUGAAAGGCUCAGCAGUGAAAACCUGGCAGGGGACAUGGCCCGAGUGAAUGCAGGGGCAGCUUCACUCCUAGAUGAAAAUCAUUACCUAUCCUUCAGAGACUUGGAAAGGGUUAAACAUUUGAGUUCGAGUACUGACCACAAGAAUGCGGAAAAGCUCCCCGAAAGAGGCCCUUCUAAUACCUGUCCUGAAUGUGAUAAUUGGAGAUCUGUCUUGAUAAUGGUUCCUGUUAGACUAGGUGGUGAAGGACUGAAUCCCAUAUACGAGUCUUGCCUUUAUGCUUUGUUCACCCACGACCUCUGCAUUGGUAUCAUAGGAGGACGUCCUAAACACUCUCUCUACUUCGUCGGAUUUCAAGAAGAGUCUUUGAUCCACUUGGAUCCUCACCUUUGCCAAGAUGCUGUGAUGGUCACCCAGCCAGUCUUCCCCAUUUCCUCCUACCAUUGCUCCUCCCCGCGCAAAAUGGCCCUCUCACGCAUGGACCCCUCGGCCACUUUAGGGUUUUACUGCCACUCCAGAACUGAUUUUCUCCGUUUGAUGGAAGAAUUACCAGAGAUUUUAACUCCCAAACAACCAGGAUUUGACUACCCUAUAUUUGAGUUUGUGGAUGGCCGUUGCGAAGACAUGGAUGCCUGCACACGCCAAGUGUCCACUGAGGACCAAAUGGCAGCUUCAUUACCACGGGACACUCCACUCCUUCCUCAGGAUUCUGAGGAAUUUGUUUUUCUCUAGCAUGUCACAGUGUAGAUAGGGAUAUUACGUUGUUGUACUGUAAAGUAAUCAUGAUUAUGAUUCUCCCAGGUUUGGUGAGACCAUAAGGAGUGUGAAGGAUGGAUGUAAUAGUGACAGGACUGGAGAAUUCAGCUUAGGGUCUGGAAUGCUAGAAA